UCUGAUUUUAUUUCCAUUUCAUUUCGUCCAUUUCGAAUUUUUCGUUCGAUUUCGCCGUUUUGCUGUACCAUAAAAUUCUAUAAACGAUACAGACAGCAGCAAGGGAUAAAAACGAAAUAUACACCGCGCUUUCGAUCCGGCACACAGAUUUCGUUAGAUAUUCUGACCACGCUCAACGGCAAAGGAUUAAAUCUACGCAAAUUGCGCGACGAGAUCAGUAACGCAGCAAAGCUAUAGACGAUAGCAUAUUAAAGUGAGAGGAAAUUGGUUCAAAAAGUAGAACCCCACGUUUGCUAAGUGAAACAAAGAAAAAAAAGCAAGCGAUAAAAACGACAAACUGUGUUACACGUCAUGGUUUCGAAUAACGAUAUGCGUCGUGCCUCAUUGGUGGCGCUGAGACGUGGCUCGUUGAGACGAGGUUCUGUGCGACGAGCAUCACUGGUGCCAGCAUCAACCAGCUUGGAUCUGCCAUGGGAUAUUUUGGAUCGUUUAUUGAUACCGAUACUUUGUUGUCAUGCCGCUGCUAUCAUUUUAUCAUGCCUUCUGAAUUCACUUCACAUUUCGGACGUAUCAACGUUGACUCUGUUUGCAUGGUUUGCCCUAUCAACAGGUGGAGCUAUAUUAUUCUAUCAUCAUUUGAAGGUAUCCGCGAGUGGCAAGGCAAUUUUGAUAACAGGUUGUGAGAGCCCUCUCGCUUGGUGUUUGGCACGUAAACUUGAUGAGAUCGGAUUUACCAUUUUUGCUGGUUUCACAAAACGCACGGGCUGCGCUGACGCUGAUUUAUUGAAAGAAGAAUCAUCGGGUCGUACGAAAAUUCUACAACUUGACGUAACUUCGGAGACGCAGAUGCUCGAAGCAUCGUUGUAUAUCACGGAGCAUUUGCCAGAUGGGACAAGUGGAUUGUGGGCCGUUGUGCACUGCGCAACAUGGGUUGCUCUUGGUGAAUUGGAGUGGAUUCCAUUUGCUGUUCUCCGAAAAUCAAUUGACGUUAAUCUACUAGGUGCCGCUAGACUGACACAGAUCUUUCUGCCACUCGUCCGCCGUACCAACGGUCGUAUUGUUUUCGUUUCUUCGGCUUUGGCCCGUGUACCGGCCCCUGUUCGUGGAGCUCAAUGUGCUACUCAAGCUGGAAUUGAAGGUUUGGCUACGUGCUUGCGUCAGGAAUUGCGUCCUCGAGGUGUCGAUGUUUCUAUUGUUGCUGCCGGCGAAUUUGCAUCAGGAACGGCAUGGCUCUCAGAAGCUACCAUGUUGGAACAAGCUCGCCAAAUGUGGAGUCAAUUGACAGCCGAACAAAAGGACAACUACGGCGAGGAAUACUUUGAACGUGCUCUUCGCUCUCUUGAAAAAUACACUGAAAAAGAAGCCGACUUAGGACCGACCAUUAGAUGCUUAGUUGACGCUUUGUGCCGCACAUGUCCCUUGCCACGCUACACCCCUGUUUCAACCGGCGAAAAAUUCCAGUGCUUCGUUGCCGACCACUUGCCACGCUGUUUUUAUGAUGCCAUUUAUGGCAAAUAAACGAUAUCUCACCACUAAUCGUCCGACAAAAGAAAGAAAAGAGAAGAGUUAGAUAGUGAAAUGGAAAGAGAGAAGGAGAAAAAAGAAGAAUAUAAAUAUGACACGAAAAAGUAGUUUUCUUAAACAACAAAACCAAAAAGUCAUUGCAUUUUCACAUAAUUAUUCAAUUAUUGCCGUGUGUGUUUUCAGCCAAAGUUAAAUCAAGCGGAGGAAUAUUUUCUGUGUUUUAGAAGAAUUUUUUUUGAAUAAAUGAAUAUGAUUGGGCGAAAUCAA